UGCCAUUAUAAUCCAAAAUCCGAAAUCUACAAAAUAGUCACAUAUCUAUAUCACCCCUGAAAAAUCAUCGUCAGCUCGAACCGUGGUUAACAUAAAGCCAAGUAAACAUAACCCAGAUGGUUCUUCACUCUACAAAGCCGGCCUCAACCCCUCAUACGUAUACAACCAAAGUCCAAUUCAUUACACAAGACAAUCAAUGGAGCUCUAUCUCCUCCUCAUCCUCUCUCUCUUCAUCUCAUCCGUCCUCUACCUCCUCCUCCUGAACCUCAAAGCCAGCAAGCUCCCUCCGGGCCCACCGGCAUUCCCCGUCAUCGGCAACCUCCUCUGGCUCCGCCACUCCUUCUCUGAAAUCGAGUCCCUCCUCCGCGGCCUCACCAAGAAGCACGGGCCAAUUGUCACCCUCCACAUCGGCCCGCUGCCCGCCAUCUUCAUCUCCGAUCGGGCUCUGGCCCACAAGGCCCUCGUCGAGCACGGGGCAGCCUUCUCCGACCGACCCGCCCCCGUUCCCUCCAUGAGGUUCAUGAACAGCAACCAGCACAACAUAUCCUCCGCUUCCUACGGUCCUCUAUGGCGUUUGUUGCGCAGAAAUCUUACGUCCGAGAUCCUCCAAUCGUCGAGGGUAAAGCUUUAUGCUGACGGCAGAGAUUGGGUCCUCGGCGUUCUGAUCAACCAUCUCCAUGCACAAUCGAAAUCUUCGGACAACGGUGGUGUGGUUGCGAAAGACAGUUUUCAGUUCGCUAUGUUCUGCUUGCUCGUGCUUAUGUGCUUCGGAGAGAAGCUCGACGAGAAGGGAAUCAGAGAAAUUGAAGUCGCACAGCGAGAUUUGCUUCUUUAUGCUCGAUAUCUCAAUGUGUUUGAAUUCGUUCCUAGGAUUUCAAAGUACUUAUUUUGGAAUCGAUGGAAAAAGGCGUUGGAGUUGCGACAGAAGCAGAUGGAAGCAUGCCUGCCGCUGAUCAAAGCCCGAAGAGAGCACAAGAAACUGCAGAAAGAAACAGAAGAGAGAUUCGUGUUCUCGUAUGUGGACUCGAUUCUGGAUAUCAAGCUACCGGAAGAAGGGGGUAGGAAUCUGACGGAGGACGAGAUGUUGACGCUGUGCAACGAGUUUCUGGUCGGAGGGACCGACACCACGUCCACCGCCCUGCAGUGGAUCAUGGCGGAGCUCGUCAAGAAUCAGGAGAUGCAGAAGAACCUCAUCGAAGAGAUCGAGAGCGUAACGAAAGAGAAGGUAAAGGAAGAGGAUCUGCAGAAGAUGCCGUAUCUGAAGGCGGUGGUAUUGGAAGGACUACGAAGGCACCCGCCGGGGCACUUCGUGUUGCCACACGCAGUGACGCAGGAUAUCAAAUUUGAGGGAUAUGUGAUACCGAAGAAGGCUGUGAUAAAUUUUAUGGUUGCGGAGAUGAGCACGGACGAGAAAAUUUGGUCGGAUCCGAUGGAGUUCAGGCCAGAGAGAUUCUUGGCCGGCGGGGAGGCAGAAGAGGUGGACAUAACAGGGAGUAGAGAGAUCAAGAUGAUGCCGUUCGGAGUAGGGAGGAGGAUUUGCCCUGGGAUCGGGCUUGCGAUAUUGCAUUUGGAGUAUUUCGUCGCGAAUUUGGUGAGGGAGUUCGAGUGGAAGACGGUGGAGGGCGAGGUGCUGGAUUUGUCUGGGAAGCAGGAGUUUACACUGGUGAUGAAGUAUCCGUUGCGUGCGAGGUUGAUUCCGAGGAGGAAUUAGCUUAUACGGUUUGCAUAUCUACACGGUUUGUGUUGUUCCUAAAUGUUGCGUCUAAAAUUGCAGUGUAUGAGUCGGGCGGCGUCAGUAUGUGAUCUUUAUGUUGUCGCGCUAUUAUGUAGUAGUAUAUAUCUUUACUAUUAUAAGAAAAGGAAAAUAUAAAUGUUUGAAUC